AUGAAUACUGCUAUUUUAGAUAACAGUUAUUCAAAUACAGGAAAUAUUGGUAAUAGAAAUGAAGAUAAUUCAAAAAUAUUUUACCAUUAACAAAAUAAUAAUGAUAAAAUAUAAUAGUAGUAUUUGUAUGACUAAAAUGCAAUUUAAGCAAGAUAAAACUAUUAACAAAGUGAUUAAAGUCCUUUGAAGAGAAGUAAUUCUAAGCCACCAUUAAGUGGCAAUAAAUACUCAGAUAAUAAAAGCAAAAUAUAAGGUUAAGGAAAAGCUAAUUCUUCAUUAGCUAACAUACAGUAAAGAGAUGAAGAUUCAGAAGAACGUACACAUUAAAAUAGCAAUAUACUUAAUAAAUAACCAAACCAUAAUCAUAGUCACUAGCAUAAUGUUUUAGAUAUUUCUAAAAAUGAUAAAAAGAAAAAUUUUUAAGAACGUAUGAUACAUGAAAGAAUAAAGGCAGCUGAAAAAACAUUUGUUGUUGGGCGGAUUAAAGCUGACGAUUAAAGGCUGUAAAGGAGAUAAACUAAGAAUAAGACUGAGCUUUCAGUUGAUGAAAAUACAGAUAAUAUCGAAUAAACUGAUAAUAACAAUAGAUAAUAAAGUGCAAGUAAUUUGAGAAGUACAAAGGGGAGUAAUAUGACAGCAAAUAUUGAUAAAAAAGACGAAAGAAAUAAUAAAAAAACCUUAAAUCAAGCCAAAAGUUUAAACAAAAGUGGAACUUUAAAAAGUGGCCCUGAAAAAAAGUAAAAUAAUUCAGAAAACAAAGGUUAAAUACCAUCAUCCUCUAAUCAAACACAAAUGCCUUAAUCUUCAAGCUAAACUAAAAUACCUUUAUCUUCAAACAUGAAAAAAUAGAGUGCUCCAUACUUUAAAGAUUAACAAGAAAACAACAAUUCAAUAUCUCCUUUUCCUGAAAGUGUAAAUACUAAUAGUAAUAGUAGAAACUAAAAUUAAUAAAAUUAGAGUAAAGUAUAAUAGAGCAUUUCAGAUAACAGUCCUAAUGCCUAAAAUAGUGAUGAAAGAGAAGAAUAUUUUGAAUAUCCUACUAGCUAAAAUUAAGACAGUGAGUAGUCCAAAAAUUUAUCUAAUAAUUUAAUUUCAAAUCACUAAAGCUAGCACCCUUCUUAAAAUAAGAGAGUGCAACUCCCAUAAUAAGAUGGAGAUUAAAGUAACACAAGUAAGCUAGAUUCUGAUAAUAAUAGGUUUACAGGAUAAAAUUUUAAUAAAAAUGAUUCACCAAGUAGGUCUCCAGUAAGUAAAAAUCAUAGAAGGUAAGUUAGAAGUUUAAGUUCUAAAGGACUUUCAAAUAAAAGUUCAGAUAAAUUAAACAAAAGUAUUAAUAAUAAAACAAAUCUACCUCAUAUAAAUUCUAGAAUUCUUACCUAGCCAGACAAAGAUGAUAGCGACAGUAAUAGUGAUAGCUUUAAUGGUAUAUCAAAGAUAAAUCCUAAUAGUAAAAAAUAAAGGUCUAGCUAGAGUUUCGUGAAUAUACAUGAAAAAAGAUUAAUCGAAUAAGGUCUUAAAUUGAAAAAACUGAAUAAUAUGGAUUUAAUCAUCUCAAAAAUUACUAAAACUCACAAUUAAAGAGGCAAUCCUUACAAUGACCCUUUAACACAACAGAUUUUUACCAAGCAAUUUACUGAAGCUUUUGUAAAAAAGUUAGAAAAAUAGAGAAAAACUCAUAAAAAGACAGAUUUUGAUUAUGUUGAUGCUGCUAAAGUAUAUUACUCUGUCUGCGACGGAUCUAAGCUCAGUAGACCUGAAAUAGGUAGAGGAUAGAAAUAUCUUUUAGAUGCCGCUAAUUAGUAAGGUUAACAAUAAGCUAAGAGAGAUAAAUCAGAGAAAAAAAAUGGUACUUAAAUACUGUAAGCACAACCUUCUUAAAUAACUCUUCAUAACAACAACAGCAUAAGUAAUCCCCAGAUGACUCAAUAAGGUUUUAAUACAUUUUAAGUAAAUCCUUCUCAGUCAAUUCCUAAUUUAGUUUAAUCUGAAUCAUCACCUAAUAUUACACAUUAUCAUCAUUAAAGACCAAAUAAUGAUGCUGAUGCCACUCAACAAAGCUUUAGGACUAAAAAUUAGCUUUCUCCUUAAAAAAAAUUUUAACCCCUAUUUAUAGGAGCUAGAAAUAAUAAUCAAGCCCCCAUUUAUUUUAAUAUUGGAGGAGUUGGAGGUAGCUUGAAUGGAAGUGAUAUAUUAUCAAGCAUAUAUCCUUUAUCCACAAGUUCAACUCAUUCUUUUUAUCCCCAUUCGCAUUUUCAUAGAUUAAAUCCCUUCUAGGGAAUGUCUUAGAUGCCUACUUAAAGAGAAAGAAGCCCAUUUAAUAAUCAUGAAAAUAAGGAAACAAACUAUGGAUAACCAACAAACUACUAACAAUAAGAGCUAAUGAGUCCUGAUAGAGGAUCUUAAAACUUGGACUAUCAACCAAGCAGUAUAAUAAAUAAUACAAAUCAUUUUUUCAAUCCUAGCAUAGACUUCCCUUAGUCAAAUAUGUACAAUAAUAACAACAACAACAAUAAUACUAGCAAUAACAAUAAUAUAAAUAAUACAUAGUAUAGCAGUAGCAAUAUACAAGAUAAAUCUAAAAAUCCAACAUAGUUUACAUCUACUGGUAAACUUAUACUACCUAAACUAAGUCUCAACUAAACAAAUAGCAGUAAUAUGGACCCAGAUCUUUAAAAAGCAGUUUAGUGUUCAAAAAUUUUGUAGUAUUUAAAUGAAAGUGAAUUACCAAAUAACAAAAAAAAGAAAUCCCAAAUCGAUCCUGCAGAAAGAGAAAAAGCCAGGGACAGAUUGCUCGGUAAUAAAGAUAAAGCGAACUAACCAAAAAGCAUACGAUAAUAAAAAGAAGAAGAGAGAAGAAGGUUAGAUGAUGAAAAAUUUAAUGGUCCUUCCAAAAAAGUAAAAGGAGCAGAUAAUAAUAGCAUCAGCAAUGAUGCAUCUGUAUUACCUCACACAGCAGUUGGAACAGUUGAUAAUUCUAUGUUUGCAGAAGCUCCAAAAUAGAUCUAAAUGAAAAAAGUUGAAGAAGAAUAUUAGAAUUUUAUCAUAAGUUACAAUCAAAAUUAUAAUGACACAGUUUCAGUAGUUUUGAAAAGGGGUUAUCCUGAAGACAAUGAGUAAAGCUUGCUGAAGGUUGAUUAGCUAUCUAAAGAUAAUUUUAAAAACUUCUAAUGGAAAUUCGAUGAAGUUUGGACACCAUUAACUUCCGAUUAAAAUAGUCAAAGAUUAAGAGUACUUAAGGGAAAGGAUGAAAAAAUUAAAUAAAAAUGUUCAUUUCAUUUCUUUAAUUGCUCUGACUUAAGUUCUCAUAAAGAUUAUUUAAAAGAUGUAUCGAUUGCAUAUAUGGUUAAUUUACACUAUGAAAAAGACAGAGUUAGAAAUCCUACUCUAUUGAUGUAUUCAAUUCCUAAUAUCUUUUAGCAAAGUAAAAAAGAAGUUGAAUUUGUAACUUAAUAGGAGUACUAUUCAACUUUAGAGUGUAUUUUAGAAUACCGUUACUAAAUUAGACAGGAAUGGGAAGAAGAGGAAAUGGUUAGUAUCUUCUAUUCUCUUCUUGAUUGCAUGAAUGAGCUUUUUUCUCUGAAUAUCUGUCAUGGAAACAUCACACCUGCUCACAUUGCUUAUUCUUAUAAAACAAAUAGAUAUAAAAUUUUUAAUUUUUCUGCUGCUUAAAUUAGCCAUAAAGAUUAUAAAGGAGGAUAUCCUAUUUAUUAUCAAUGGCCAUUCCUUGCUCCUGAGAUUAAGAAGGGAUUAAAUUAUAACAAUAGUAAAUCAAAUAAAUAUGAUAUAUUGGCAGGCGACAUGUAUAGUUUGGGUAUGUCUUUCUUAAUGAUAAAAUAUUUAAUUCCUGAGAAUAUGAGAUCAUAAGAAGCAAUAAAUAGACUAAUUAGUACUGUUGAAAGCGAUAAUAGAUUAUCAGCACAAAUAAUCAAAAGUCUUUUAUUUAAAUAAUAAAGCAAAAGGCUCGAAAAUACUUACGCAACAUUGUGCAAUCAUAUUCAUACUGUUAUGAAACAAAAGAACCAGGAGUUUACUCCAUAUUAAAAAUAAGAUUUAGUAAAUUUAAAUCCCCUUCACAAAUUAAAGUGGAAGUAAUCAAAAGACAGCGAGGUUAUAGCUGAUUUUUACUUUAGAAUAUUCUAGUGGUAGAAUGCAGCUGAUAGAUAAAAGAAGCUUCUAGAUGAAUUAUUAUAAAUUGAACAUGAAGGGGGAGAUGGAAGUCUUACAAAUGCUCAAAAGGAAAAAAAGAGAAAAAUCUUAAGAGAUGUUUGGAAAAGCUACUUUAAGCAAUAAGAAUAUGAUAAUGCUAUAAAAUAUAACUAAUUAUAUAUGGAGCUUCUUUCUUAAACACCUGAAGAAAAAAUGAAAAAUAAAGAAUUCUUAGAGGAUUUAGCUGAAGAUCUUAAAAUGACAGGAUAGCUUUACUUUACUGUUCAAUAACCUGAGAAAUCCAUUCACUUUUAUGAUAAAACAAUAUAAGUUUUAACAGAGUUGUAUGGAGCAAAUCACUCAGAAGUUGUGUCAAUGUUAAAUAACAUAGGCGUUCUUUAUAAAUCGUUAGCUAACUACACAAAAUCGCUAGAAUAUUUCUAAUAAGCUUAAUUAAUUAUGGAAUUUACUCGCUCCACAGAUGAUGAUUUAUAUUUCUUUAUCAGAUAUAACAUAGCAAUUAUAUAUUUUGAAUAAGAUGAUUUAACAUAAGCUGAGAACAUAUUAUUUGAUAUUUAUAAAGUAAAGACAACUGAGCAUAAAGUUAAAUCAGUUGAAGUGUCUCAAUAUGCGUAUGUUCUUGGUAAUGUAUACAUUAAGAAAAACCAUCUUCCAAAAGCCUAAUAAGUUAUUGAAAAGGCAAUAAAAAUGAGGGAAUCAUGUAUAGGUUAUGAUGGUGAAUUAAUAAAAUGGAAGUAAUUACUAGCAAAUAUAUGCUUCUAAUUAGGUCAGAGAAAAGAAGCUAUGGACAUUUUGCUUAAAACUGUUUCUGAUGUCAAAAAAUUGAGAAAGUAACCUCAAAAUAAAACAUCAGAUAACGAUGAUGCAACUUACAAUGCUAUUGAAGAUAUUGGAAAUAUGAUACUUGAAACAGGAAACAAAAAAGAAGCUCUCUAAUUUUAUUACGAAGCUCUUCAGCUGGCUAAAAACCAGUAAUAAAAAUAAACAAGUAUAAUUGGUGCCUUAGAAAAGAAGAUUAAAGAAGUAAAAAAAUGA